AUGACGAGAAAAAAAACACCUGUUCACCAUUGUGGAGAGGAGAUCGAGAGGUCAAGAGGGUAUCGGAGAGGGAGAGCAUUCACUAUUUUGCCGGCACCGAGCAGAGCACACAACGGAAAAAAGAAAGAGGCGGAGAAGCUACAGUCCAACGACGGAGAAGCAGUGGUCCGACGAGUGGCGAAAGAAACCGAUGUGGGAGAUGUAGUUGGCGGCGGUGUUAUUCCGGAGUUUCAUUUUUUCCAAACAACCUCCAUCGAUGCCUUCUCGCCUUCGCUUCUCAACUUCAACUUGACGUUUGAUUCGGUGGACUGGAUUUUGGAAAGCUACAGCUAG